CCAUGAUUGAGGCGUUAUAAAACGGAGGAGUCCUGAGGAAUCGGCCACUCUGCGCACGGCACCACACCGGGGACAUCUCUCCUCCCAACCUCCGCCAGAACAUCUCGCAUCCCUCGACUUCACCUUGCCACCAGGUAACCCAACACCAGUCCGCCAUGUUGCUGUUGGUGACGUCACUAGUGAUGGCACUUCUGCCCGGUCUGCACGCGCAAGGCUUCACGGGAAAAGCUGACUGCACGUUUGAGAAGGGUCUGUGCUCACUGAAGCAGGCGACUGAUGACUCCUGGGACUGGGAGCGGCGCAAGGGGAACGACAGAUACUACAAGACUCUGCCCAGUCAUGAUCACAGUCUGGGGAAUGGUGAGGGUUACUUCAUGGCCGUCAGAUCUCCCAUCCUGCCUAUCGUGGACGAGCGGUCGGCCCGGCUGGAGACCGGCAUGCUCCGCGCGGGGCGGCACUGCCUGACGUUCUACUACCGGAUCUACUACGCGUGGGGCGCCGACUGGUACUCGGAAACCAUGAACAGGCUCAACGUCUACGUCAUGUCCGGUGACCAGAAGGGAGACCCCCUGUGGAGCAUCAAAGAUGGCGACGUGUGGGAGGACGCGCAGGUCACUAUUGACUCGCAAGAUGACUUUCAGAUCAUAUUUGAAGCUGAGGUGAGGUCUGGGCAUAAGGGCAGCAUCGCUCUGGACGAUAUCAGCAUCUCAGGAGGGUCAUGUGAAAAGAGCUGUAAGGACUCGUACUACGGCUGCUGCAUGGACGGCGUGACGGCGGCGGCAGGUCCGAACUACCAGGGCUGCAGGUUCGAGCCGGAUGACAUCGUGGAGCCGUCUGAGGACACCAAGAUCGAGCAGUUCCCCGGAAAAGCUGGAGACUCUGCGGACUGCACGUUUGAGCAGGACGAGUGUGCUUGGUACCAGGCGCAGCGCGACAAUCUGGACUGGGUCCGGCUGAAGGGCUGGUCACGUAACGUGCAGAACACACUGCCCAGCAGCGACCAGACCACCAAGAAAGCUAACGGGUGGUUCAUGACCGUCCAGUCGCCAGUCCGGCCGUACAUCGCGCAGGUCGCCCGGCUGCAGACCCCCGAGAUCCGGUCCUGGUCCGGAUACCCCGAGAAGUGUCUGACGUUCCACUACCACAUGGCAGAGAAGUUCCCGGACUUCUUCCCAAGGGAAGGGACCAACCUGCUGAACGUGUUCGCCACCUCCAAGAAGUACUACGACGAACCCAUCUUCGUGGCUAAUGACGUCAUGGACGACCAGUGGAAGAGAGUUUCUGUCACCUUCUCGUCCGAGAAAGACUUCCAGAUUGUCUUCGAGGCGAUCAUGCUGUCUGAGUACCCGGGAGACAUCUCCAUUGAUGACGUCACCGUGGACGAGGGGUCAUGUGAAGACCGGCACGCCUGUAAGCGGUCCCGGUACGGCUGCUGCCCGGACGGCCGGACCCGGAAGCAGGACACGGCGGGGCGCGGGUGCCGGUACGUGGGGCGCCUGGGGGCGGACCCCGAGGGGCUGGAACAGUUCGAGCAGGAGGAGAAGUACACCAUUGAUAAAGUACUGGAGGACCCCUGUACCAUGUUGCUCGGAGUGGAGUUCCAGGACUGCUGGUCCCGCUACAAGGCGAUAAUCUGGUGGCUGAAGGAGGAGGGGCGUGACGCCGACGUCGGCGCCUACUGCGUAGCACACGCAGACCUGUACAAGUGCUACUACUCUGCAGUGACGACACUCUGCGAAGACGACAGGAACUACAGGUCGUUCAAGGCGACCCUGGGCCGUGACGUCAGGUACAUCAAGAACUUCUGCAAAAAUGGGAAGCGCGGGCGCAGAGGCCGGGCCCGGAGACACGCACUCGUGCCGCUGUCCCCGGCCGACCUCAUGGACAUGCUGCCCUGAAGGACAGAACAGUUAGUUAUUGAAGGCCCCACUUUCACUAGGCGCCCUUGCUCGUUUCCGUCUCGUAAAAUUGCGUUGGACUUAAAAGGGUAAUAGUCAGUUGGAACGGUCGUUGCCAUUUGAAACGGUCAUUGUCAUCAUUUCAACCAUUACCAUUUCAUGCGGUCGUUGCUAUUUGAAACUGUCAAUGCCAUAUUUCAAACGUUACCACUUUAAACUGCCGUUGUCAUGUGAAACGGUCAUUGCCAUUAUUUCAGACAUUAUCAUUUCAAAUGGUCGUUGCCAUUUCACACUGUCGAUGCCACAUCGGCAUAUUCCAACAUAUCAUAACUUUUUGGGGUAGACGAAUGUAUAUAAAAGGAUGAAAAGCAGCAUUUGAGUUGCAUAACAGUAUCGUGCCAAAUGGU